UGCACCUCCUAUGUAUACACGUGUAUUAUGCCAUUGGCAUCGCCGUCGCGCACAUAGUCCUGUCGCGAUAGAUCGCCAGUGUCAGUAGUCCCUUUGUGCCACUCGACUUGUUGCACGUGUGCGAUCGACCGGUCUUGAUACCGAUUUCGUUCUAUCGAUGACUGUUCUCGUCUCAAUGACUUUUACGUUCAUGGCUGGUGCGAUGACUAGUUUUCCAAGAGAAUCACUUGUAUGCGACGUUGACAUUGUGCUGUAGUGUUGUAGGUAAAAUUGUACAAUUGUGAGCGUUGUUCGUACGACCGACGCGAGUUCUGAUGAAGCGUUUGUAAAGACAAAUAAGUCUUAGGAUUAUUAAUUUAUCUUUCCACGAGAAGAUGUGAGCAAUGUUUAUGAGGAACUGACUGAUGUAUUAAAUAAUUGAGCAGAACAAAGCAUCGUCAAUCACAAUGAUCCCAAAUCAAAGACGUUUUGUACAUAAACCAAAUUCAAAAAUACAGAGUCUUCAAGGUAUAUUCGAAGAUAUAAAUUUACAAUUUGUAGUUCUAUCCAAUUUAAAAUACGGUGAUUAGUUAAAGUAUGAUUCUACAUGUUGUAUAAAAUUUAAAUUGCAAAAAAAAUUAAAAAGUCGAAAAAAACUUUCAUGAAAAUGGAGUUAAAUACCGCAGAUACAGCAAUAUCAACUGAUAUAGAACUCAAUAAUUUUCACGUUCUUCUGCGUAUGACAAACUCUAGCGACAAUGCCAGCUAUUUCAAUUCAAAUGAUGAAAUUGAUCCUUACUACUUUUAUGAGACUGAACAAUUCACCAUCAUGUGGCUACUAUUCGCUCUGAUUGUCGUUGGCAACACUGCUGUAUUAGCUGGUUUAGCACGUGGAAAUAAGAGAAAAUCUCGCAUGAAUUUUUUUAUUCAACAACUCGCUACUGCAGAUUUACUGGUGGGUCUGAUAUCAGUGCUGACAGAUAUAGUGCAGCGCUCGACGGUGGCUUGGUACGCGGGCAACUUUGCCUGCAAGUUCAUCCGAUUUCUGCAGGUACUAGUCACCUAUAGCUCGACUUAUGUUCUCGUCGCGCUGUCGAUCGACCGACACGAUGCCAUCACCAAACCCUUCAAUUUUUCCAAGUGUUGGUCCAGAUCUCGGUGUUUGGUUGUCCUUGCCUGGGUUAUCUCGACAAUUUUUAGUUCACCUAUACUUUUUCUUUACGAAGAGAAAGUAGUUCAGAACAUAACGCAAUGCUGGAUCGAUAUGCCGUCGGACGACUGGUGGCGAGUCUACAUGACUCUGGUGGCGCUCACCCUCUUUUUCUUACCGGCACUAAUUAUCAGCGCUUGCUACGCAAUUAUCGUAAAGACCAUUUGGUCCUCGCAGACUGGUGCCUUGAUGCGCUCCGACACCGAGCGCAACGCAGCUAGCGAAUCCGGCCGCGGCAUCAUACCGAGAGCUAAAAUUAAGACCAUUAAAAUGACUCUAGUCAUUGUCUUGGUAUUUAUCCUUUGUUGGAGUCCAUACAUGUUUUUUGAUCUGCUGCAAGUUUAUGGAUAUAUACCAAAAACGCAAACGGCUACAGCUAUCGCUUCGUUGGUUCAAAGCUUAGCACAUCUCAAUUCUGCAGCUAAUCCAAUUAUCUACUGUCUUUUCAGUUCCCCCUUUUGCCAGACAACUAGAAACUGUAGAUCCUCAUCUUGGUUUCCGAAAGUGUUCCGGGUAAAAAGGCACCAGUCACAAAGUGUAAAUAAUAUUAAUGGUAAUAGUACUCGGACAACAAUUACAACAUCGCUCACUGCGCAUUCGUCCAAAAAAAGCGGACACACGGCCUUAUUAAAACCAUUAUCUCGAAAACCUAAAACUACGGAAUCUAUAGUUUAGCAAUGAUUAGAUUUUUUGCUGCAAACCCCCAAGGCCUGAUGAUAGUUAAUAGAAUUACAAAGUAACCUCCUGCAACUGCUGUUCCAAGCUUCAAGAAACUCUAACCGUUUAGAACAGCUCUUUUAUACUCUUUUUUCGUCGUCGUCAUUAACAGAAUUUUUUAUUAUAUAUAAAUGUACGAAAAGAAGUUUAAAAGUGUGUAAUAUAUAGCAUACAUACAAUGUAUACAGAGCGCAACUCUGUGUAUACCCCUUGCUUCUGUGAUUUUUUUUUUACUCUUCUCCAUGGUCGUUGGAACUUUGCGUUAGCUUAUUGUACACAGAGCAAAGCUGAAUACAAAGACUUUCAUGAACAACUUUGUUGCAUUGGAUAGCCAUGAAGAGAUUU